AUGCCUUCCCACUCAGGCUACGAACCUCUUGCUCAAACAAUUGAGGAGGAGGCAGAGGGUGACGUCGCGGUCGGCGUCAAGCCUCCCUCACGAGGUCUCCGUCGUGCACACAAGCCAGGGCACAUCGACUUAAGCAAGAUUGACAAUGCAUUCAAGAGAUGGACAGAUUCCAUUGCUCAGAAGAUGAAGCGAAACAAGAAGGGGAUCCGGGACCACUCCCGUCGCGAGAUAUGGCAGUCUGUCUUUGAGGCCCCUCAGAACAUACCUCCGUUGCCUAGUAGUGAGGAAUCACAGACCCUUGAUCACCAACCUCCCAUGACUCAGGCAGUCUUCGACAAUACCGCUCAGUCAGUUCGAAGUGCCAUUGCAGCUGGCAUACACCCCAAGAUGAUCGCCAAAGGCUCAUCUGGAUCCUACUUUGCGCGUGCCAAGGUGGAUGGCAAGGUGCAGACAGUUGCUGUGUUCAAGCCAAAGGACGAAGAGCCGUAUGGCCGCCUGAACCCCAAGACAACCAAAUGGCUCCAUCGCCAAUUUCGUUGGAUCAUACCCUUUGGCAGAAAGUGCCUCAUUCCUAACCUCAGCUAUAUCUCCGAGGCGGCUGCAUCACUCCUGGAUGAACGCCUUGCUCUUAAUAUCGUUCCACGGACAGCCUUGGUUACAUUAUCUAGUCAAGCAUUUUUCUAUGACUGGCUAGAUCGUAAUGCGGCAAAGAAGGGCAAACCUCUCCCCGGGAAGAUAGGAAGUAUGCAAUACUUCUUGCAUGGAUUCACGGAUGCGUCAGAUUUCCUUCGUAAACAUCCUUGGCCGGGACGGUCCAUCACCGAUACCUUCGAUGACUCAAAUCACCGGAAGGGUAUCGCUUCCAAGAAGCUCCUUGGGGCUCUUAAGAUCAUAUGCGGCAAGACCGGUGAAGACGACGACCUUGAAGAUGAUCCCGAGGGCGAGCGAGCACUCUUCGAUGCUUCUGAGGGAACGGACGGUAGCCGACCUUUCUACUGGUCUCGUGCACUCCAGCAAAGUUUUAGGGAGGAACUAGAAAAGCUUGUUGUUCUAGAUUACCUUAUGCUUAACACCGAUCGUGGUGCCGAUAACUAUAUGAUCAAAUACUGCGAAGGGGACCAUGAGAAAUCACUCAUUGACGUCGCCCCCAAUCCCACUUCUCGGCCGCAAAUGCCAGCGAUGAGUCAGCUUCGGCGUGGCGAUCCCUCGACAGCUUCUUCGUCGAGACCAUCGUCAUGUGGCCAACCACAAUCAGACUAUACUCGGACACCACAUAUACACAUAGCUGCUAUAGACAACUCUCUCUCGUUCCCCCACGAACAUCCACAAGGAUGGCGUUCUUAUGCGUAUGGCUGGCUGUAUCUACCCGUGAGCCUGAUCGGUCCACCUUUUAGCGAGAAAACGCGAAAUCACUUCCUCCCAUUACUCACUUCCAAGACUUGGUGGGAGGAGACGACAUAUCAAUUACAGAAACUAUUUGCUGUAGAUCCUGACUUCCACCCGAAAAUGUUUAGACGGCAAAUGGCAGUCAUCAAGGGCCAGGCAUAUAACAUCAUCGAAUCGCUUAAGCAUGAGGUACGACCCCUUGAGCUUACUCGACGAACCAAAGCUCUAGUCUGGGAUGACGAGGUAGAGAUAAUGGAAGAGCUCCCGCGGCCGUCAGGGUCAGGUCCAAUACCACCUUCUCCCAAGCCCUCAAUCAGCUCAGUACCUCUACCUCCUCGACGGAUGCGUAGCCAAAGCUACACCUCUGAUUUCCCACCACCUGUACAAAGACGCUCGACUGAUACCUCCAGACCGAUUCCGUUCUCCGCUAAAUUCUCGAAAGUUCAUCCUGCUGCAACAGGCGUUAAUGUACUUGAACACCUUGAGCGCCUAGAUGCUGUUGAGGCUAGCCUGCAACGUCUUGGUGUCGAUGAGUCCGUUUUGGAAGAGGAAGAGGAGAUGGAUGUCGCCGAAUCGUUGCCGCACCGGAUACCCAUCCCUGGAUCUGCGCCUGCUGAGACAACGCACAUACCAGAGAUGGCGGCUUCGCAACAGUUUACACCGCCUGGUAGUCCUGGCGCGCUCACUUCUGUUCCAGAGGACAGGUCGCUGUCAAGCUCGAUGACGGAGGAUGAUCUCGUCGCAAUGUCGAUGUCGGUUCCACACGUCCAGGAUGCAUCUUACAUGAAUCGUCACUUGAGAUGGAACAGUCACAGUAGCCGGCAAACUCAGCGAGAGGGCUUGGACUGGAUGAACUCAGAGGACGCUGAUGCUGCAAGAAAACGGACAGUGGUCAUCGAGCGACUCGAAAUGGUGACUGCAAAGCCUUUGUUUAGCUGCUGGUAG